GAUCAUUUUUUGAGAAUUUUGUAUACAAAACCUUCACCAACUAAAACAGCAAAAGAAGCUACAACAUGCUUACUUAAUUUCUGUAUGAUGUAUAGUUUUCCAAUUGUAUUAUAUUCUGAUAACACUAGUGAGUUUGUUGGAAGAGUUAUUAAAGAAACAUUAAAUCUCUGGCUGACUAUUAAAUUUGUCAAUAGUAGACCAAGAAACACUUAUUGCUAA